CGGGCCAGCUGGGCCGGCCCCCCUUGGGGCGUGUCCGUCCUGUGGAGCCGGCCCGGCCCCCUCUCCGUCCCCCGCCGCUGAGCCGGCCGGGACGGGCUGCCUGUCGGGUGGCAGCGAGGGGCCCUGCGCCCGCCCUCCUGUGGGCUACCGGGGCCGAGCACCUGCUCCGGGGCCCCAGCGAGGCAGGGGGUGGUUUUUCUCCUCUCGCCGUACCUCUGCAAGGCCUUCCCCGCUUCCCGGGAGCCGGUGUCUGCGGUCCGCCGUCGUGCCGCUGCUUGGGGGACGGCCGGCGGGGCAGGCGGGACGCCUGAGGAGAGCCGGGCGCGGGGGCCGCCAUCACCCGGGCUGGCGGUGGGGUCGGGCACAGGGCGAGCGCCUUUCCUUGGGCCCGUCGGGCUUUUCUGCCCCUCACAGCGGUCGUGUCCCGAAAGCUGGAUCGUUUUGGCUCUUCUGCUUCAGGUUUUCUGGAAAACGGCGUUGUCGGAAAACAUUCCUCCAGUUUCAGUUGCUUCCUACCCCCGUGACACCUGAAAGUACAAACUAUUACUUUUCUAUUAUUGUGUAUAUUUAUUCAUGGAUGCUUAGUAGCUGGUGAUCCUUGAGAACUUAUUUUCCUUGAAUAGAAGAUUUUUUCAAGGAGCAACUGGUCAUGGUGGAACUAUCAGGAAUUAUUGAUUCAGACUUCUUAGAAAAAUGUGAAAACAAAUGCAAGAUUUUGGGAAUAGAGACAGAGAGGCCCAUUUUACAAGUGGACAGAUAUGUAUUUGCAGGAGAAUAUGAAGAUACCUUGGGAACCUGUGUGGUUUUUGAAGAAAACACAGAGCAUGUAGAUGCAGAAGGCAACCAAAAAGUACAGCUGAAAUACAAGUGCCAUACAAUGAAGAAGUUGAACAUGACACGGACACUUUUGACAGAAAAGAAGGAAGGAGAAGAGAAUGUUGGUGGAGUGGAGUGGUUACAGAUCAAGGACAGAGAUUUUUCCUACAGCAGACCUAAUACGAUUUGCAGCUUUCUGCGUGAAAAAGAAGAUUCUGAGGAGUCAGCUCAGGCCCAAGACAAAUUGACUGAAGAGUCAGAGGGAGAGGUUUUUAUGUCUGAGAUCCUGUACCCAUGCAUCAGUGGUUCCCAGACUGAUCCAUUGGGGAGCGUUCGCGGUGCUAGGCUGCACUUGCUGACAGCUGAACCUCCUGCGAGGGAGCCGGACGGACAGGGUGGGCUGCCGAUGGACAGUCCUCACGGUCAUCGCUCCUGCUGCUGAGGACAGAGAGACGCUUCGGAGAGCUUAUCCUCUGUCAGCGUGUGAAUGUAGCAGCUCUCUCUCGGGUUUUGUUAACCAACUGCUACAUCUGUCACCGUGUACAUGUAAAUUUUUUUAUGUGCAAGGAGUAUUCUAGCAGAAUUGUUUUUUGAACUUUUUCAGCCUUUUCCUUUCAGUAUUAUACUGAAGCUGUUUUUUUUGUUCUAGUUUAUCUGGGAAUCAGUAUUUUUUUUUUUAACAUUUUAUGUAUAUCAUAAACUAUGAGUACCUUCAUAAUAAUGUUUUUUAGUUUUUAAGUGUUAUUUAUAAUGCUCAAACUUUUGUUUCUAUUAUUAUUAGCCCUAACUUUUGCAACCAUACUCGCUCUUUACCCAUCUUUUCCUCCCAGAAAAAAGGUUGCUGUGAGUCCGCUGCUGCUGCUAGCAAAUUCUUCAGCUUUACUGAUUUCACCUAAAAAAGCCCAACAAGUUGGUUAUUUCAAGUUCAGUUCAAAACUGGUGGGUGGGGGGGUGUGGCAUAAAAAGGG